AUGUUCUCACAUUUCUUCGCAACAACAAAGGUUGCUAGGCGUUUGUCUCCACUCAUCGCAGCGGGAGCCUUGACCGUUUCCAGCUCCAAUAAUUCGAAAGCAACAAUGACCAAGCUAGACUACUACGAGCACGACGCAAGCGAGUUUGAUUACUAUGUCAAGAAUCCAACAGUCGAGGACUUGCCUAUACUGCUAAAGAAAUUUGAUGACGAAAAUCUAGAUGUGUGGCCUUGGAUAUGGACUCAUCCCAACAGUGACAAUGGGCCGCACUAUGUCUUUCUUGGAAUGGAUGCCAAGACGAUAGGGCGAAUCCAAGAAAUUCGAAGUCAAUCUCCCAAUCACAACCUACUAGUCAUUGCGUCCCGGGAGGUACUCGAGCAAGCUGCAAAAGAGGCAGGUGUGCCUUUUGGUGUCUAUCAUGACUGCCAUUGCGGUAUGGUAACGGAUGCUGAACUGCAGCUUCUUCAUGUGAAGAGCAAAAUACUGAUGUUGGACGAUGAAAGAGUUAUUGCCUUUGACUAUCUGAUAAUAAGCUAG